UUAUUCAGUAUAAAUCUAAGAUCGGGUAAAAAUGUUUCUUUUGAAACACGUGGGGGCGCUGUCGAACGGCCACUUAACUGCGCGCGACGCGGCACAAAUGAAAGCAUAGCAACACACGUGUCAAUCUGUUGAUGUUCCUUCAACUUGACUUCAAGUUCAAGAUAAACCAUGUCAUAAGUCUGUUUUAGCCAUCGUGAUUUGUUAUUUAACUUUCAAAUCGUCUGAUUCAUGACUAAACAUGACUGUCAAGGCUGUAUUUGUCCUGUUUGUGCGGGUGGCGGUCUUGAUGGGACUUCACAUGCUGUGCCUCGGUGAAUGUGAUGAUACGACAAUGAUGCCGUGUGUGUGGAGGAUCGUUGCUUCUAAGUCAGAUGUAGAGGCUGGAUUCAUUGGAACCAAUACUCCUUUUCAAGUGUUCUAUCUAGACACAGCAUGUGCACAGGAGGUGCAGUGGGAGGCCACAGAUGGAUGCACAGUGAAGAAUCAGAGUUCACCAAGUACCAUUGUCACUUGUUGCUAUCCUGGGUACCACACGAUUACCCCGACAAUGCAGCAGUCCUGCAAUCAAUGUGUGUCUGUUGGGAAAACUGUUGCUGUCAGGAACAAUCCAUUGUGCUAUCGAUGGUAUGCAGUGUCAGUCAACCAAGCACCCAUAUGGCAUGAUCGGGACCCCAGACCUGGUCAGUGGACCAUAGAAACACUGAGAGUAUGGGUCAUCGAUUGGACCGAGGCAGGUGAUGAGGAACAGAAUAACACUGCAACCACUCCAUCACAGUAUUCUGCAGUUUUCACAAGAAAGUUCCAUGACAAUGGGCAACGACCAACUGUGCAACAGGUUCAUGCCACCAACCAACAACAGCUACAGGUUGACAAUGUCACAUUCAAUGAAGACUGGGGGUGUUGGGAAGUACUUGUUAGAAUUCCUGUCUAUUCAGAAUUGGAGCUGAAGAUAAUGGGCAGUCCAGACAGAACUGUUUUUGCUUGCUUCAUAGGUGACACCACUGUGUUGCUAACAAACAACUGGUUGUCUGUGGCAAUCCAAGGCCAGACUGCUCAGCUCCAUCACUUCGCUGGGUAUCCAACAAGAGUUGUUCAAGAUCCCUGUGCUAGUCACGUUGCCAUUCUCUUAUCUCAGAAUUUAUUGCUCCUUACAGAGGAUGGAUUCUUGACUUCAAGGAAUCUCACUUUACCACUUCAUCUAGCACAGAAUCUCAGUCUUGAGGUGCAGAGUGUUGCCUUCACACCCACACACCUCCUACUGCUGAUAGACUCCAACGUGUAUGGUUUGCACAGGACGAUGGAAAACUUGACCCUGAUUGCUGGGCUCACAGGGCAGUCUGUUGUGAAAGGCAGAGAUUGGUGCAUCCCUCCAACUCUACAUAGGAGCCACCUAGCUGUAUCCUUUAACACUUCCAGUCUGUUCCUGAUAAGCACCAUGAGUUUGAACGACCACCAUCUCUUCUCACAGGAGAUUACUCUACCACUGUCAGUCUUCCAGUUGCUUGGUUUUAUGACAGACCUGACGAUUGAAAUCCAUGAUGUUGCAUUGGACAGCUUUUCUGAUACGCUUGGUAUUGCCGUCAUGGUAACACAGAACUCCCGUAGUAGCUUGGUCUUCCUGCAGUACGAUAUCACCUUAACUUCAUGGACUCACAAACCAUUCUGGCUGGAUGCAAGGAACAUUAAUGGCAGCGUCUCCAUGCAGUUCACCAGUGGGGCUGGAAAGGCAAGCUUCCUGUUCUGGGACUACAAACGCUUGUAUUUCAGUGACAUAAAUGGUCAGUAUGGCGCCUUUACUAUAAGAGGAAGUGAUUCUACAAUGCUCACUACGUCUAGCAGUGAUUUCAUCAAACAGGUAUCCAUCAGCCCAUCUGGUGAUAUCGUGGUGCUUCUCUCAUCCAAUCGUUUGCAUUACAGUAUAGUUGGUCAAGCCACACUUAUAGACCUCUCUGCGAUUGAACUCCCCGCAACCCUGACUAAUCUCAUAUUUGAUCAGCUUGGUAAUCUUUUCAUCGUCAUCGUAGAUAGUGAAAACAACAACUCAUCCAUUCUCUAUCGGCGGUGGCAGUACCCACUGAAUAUUGAAGUAGCAGGGAUGCUGCAUGACUUGCAGAUCUACUGUCCAUUUAGGCGCUUUCAACACACAGACCCUGCCAGCAUGUACUACCUCGACAUUGGAGAUGUGGUAGAGCUCUGGGCAUGUUUGACAUACCCCAGUGAUGAUGACAUCAGAUUGCAGGUUGUGUCCAGCUCACCUGGCCUGCUGGAUAUCUUGGAGGAAGAUCUGGGGGCCUAUCACCCUGGAUGGCUGGCUGUUAACAAGACACUGACGAUAAAAUCUAGCCUCAAACUCAGCAGUUUUACCGGAGACGUUGUGUUGGAAGUCGGACCAGAUCAGGAAGACUUUGGUUGCAAGGAGCAAGGAAGCAUGGUGGCACACUUAUCAGUUGGAUGCCCUCCUGGAAGGCACAUCCGAGUCAGGAAACCAGACACCUGUCUACAUUUCAGUAACUACACCAUACCAAGAAAUGCCUAUUUGGAGUUUGAUGGAUCAGCUCCACAAGACAUCAAGGUGGUUGAUUAUGACUGGUCUGCAUUUACUUGUCCUAUCAUUGCCCAUUAUCAGCAGCCAUUCAGACCAUUUCUUGAUCUUUUUGAUCAUGAUGAAUAUGUCGCUGAAGUGAACACCAACUAUGUAGUUACUGAAGAGCAGGGUCGUACUGAUUUCUCCUACAAUACCAGUAUGCUGCAGGCUGGAUGCCAUACACUAGCUCCCACACUGAUAACUAAUCGCAGCGAGGAGAUAAUUGCAACAGACAGCUACCUUGAUUGUUUCAUCUUGAAUGGUACCAAAGACUCAGCCGCACUGCAUAGGCAGCGAUACAGUGUCUUGAAUAGAACCGGCGUGGCAUCGGUGAUAUGGAAUGCAGAGAGAAAUAAUAGUAUCUAUCAAUUCACCGCCACUGUUGUAGAUCCAAGAUACAGUUUCUGCCGUCUCCAAGCCAAGUUUGCUGUGUUGGUUUACGGUCAUCCAGCUGAGGAGCAGCUAAAACCAGUGACUCAGGUUUCCUUGGGAACUUUCGCCCUGGUGACCUUUGCCCUUUUGCUGACAUCCUACCUGUACUUUCGCAAGGGUCACAUCAAGAAGUUGGAGCAGCAACUCAUUGACUAUGACACGGAUUAGCUAGUACAUGUGAAGCUGUAGACGUGAAGGAUGUAUUAGGUCCCAAAGCAGAGGUAAAAUCUACUUAAUUAAGUUCUUGCCCAGAGAAGUGAAAUUUCAAAUCCCAAAUUUUAAGCAUUACAAACAUUUUGGGCUUCCCUGGAGGUGUCACACCAAAAAUAUCAGCUGACAGUGUUAAAGUAACCAGAUUUCAUAAAUCUUUUAAUUCAAAGUGGAAUGAAUGUAUAAUGUCAGAUUUUUUGUGUGUUCAUAAAGACCAAAUAGAGUACAACACUUAAUAAUUGUUGUAUUUUUAUUCAAAAUACAGUUUUCCCUCUGCAUUCAGGUUUCUUCCCGAUUGUGUUUUUUUUAACAGAAAUGGUGCAGAAAUACCAACUUUUACUUUAGCAGCAGAAAUUUCAUUCUCUCACCUUUUGGUUAGGCAUAAACCAAAUAGGGCAUUGAACAGGUCGAGUGGAUGGUCUGUGGAUACCAGACGUUGUUGUAAUAGAAUAAUAUUUGCCUUUUUGAAAGAUUUUUUUAGCUGUAUGGAAUGCAAGCAAUAACAUUGUAUAAAAUACAGUAUCCUCCUUUUUUUCACAGGAUAUCAGUACAUGAAAACCAUUACAGGAUUUUCUGCAGAAAGGUGGUUUUCAUGCGGCUGACAGUUUAUUAUUCUAAAAUAUGAUUUAAAAAGAAUUAUUUUCUGAAAAUUAUAUACAUGUAUGUGCAUCUUAGCCAUUGUCAAGUCUUGCCGUAUGAUCUUUAGGGUUUUUUUUCUGAAAGUUAAAAGACAUGUUUAAAACCAAACAUUAAAGGAAUACUUUUGAAAAGUAAUUAAUUACUUUUUAAAGUAAUUAAUUAAUUUUAAAAGUAGAAAUUUAAAUUUUUGUAAUAAUUGACCUAUCGCCGAGUUA